CGCGAUGACAGUUUCCUGCAGGCUGCUUGAGACGGACUAGUCGCCCUCACAGCAGGAUGUACUGAAGGGGAGAGAGGGUUAUCAGAGUUUAGCUGAUCGGCAUGCAGUGGACUCAGCUGGCAGAGUGAAUUUUUUGUUUCUUUUUCAAGGAAGAGCGAAUGUCGCAGGGGGAUACCGAGGGGAAAUGAGUAACAGGAUGGAGGGUUCUGCGGGACCAGGUGUCGGGGCGAACGGACCUGUUGCAGCGCCCAGCAGCCCGGUGCGCUCCAACAUGGACCCACCUCUGUCUCCAGGAGAGCUGGAAGAAGAGCAACAGUCAUCAUUGACAGAUGUCAGCCAAAUGUGGAUUAACUUUGCCAAGACUUUCGCCAUCAUCUUUCCGAUCUACAUCUUGGGAUACUUUGAGUUCAGCUUUAGCUGGGUUCUGAUAGGACUUGCCAUGUUAUUCUACUGGAGGAAGAACCACGGCAGUAAGGACUACAGGAUAAACCGCGCCUUAGCAUUCCUGGAACAUGAGGAGAAAGCAGUGAGGCAAAGUGUGCCUACUGCUGAGCUGCCACCAUGGGUCCAUUAUCCAGAUGUGGAAAGAGUGGAGUGGCUGAAUAAGACGGUGAAGCAGAUGUGGCCGUUCAUCUGCCAGUUUGUUGACAAGCUGUUCAGAGAGACCAUCGAGCCGGCGGUGAAGGGCGCCAACCCGCAUCUCAGCUCCUUCUGCUUCACCAAGAUUGACAUGGGCGACAAGCCGCUCAGAGUGAACGGGGUGAAAGUUUACACAGAGAACGUGGACAAGAGGCAGGUCAUCAUGGACCUACAAAUCAGUUUUGUCGGGAAUACAGAGAUCGACGUGGACAUCAAGAAAUACUACUGCAGGGCUGGAAUCAAAAGCAUACAGCUUCAUGGAGUGAUGAGAGUGGUGAUGGAGCCUCUGCUGGGGGACAUGCCUCUGAUCGGUGCCCUGUCAGUCUUUUUCCUCAAGAAACCAUUGCUGGACAUCAAUUGGACAGGACUCACAAACAUGCUGGACAUCCCUGGUGUCAAUGGUUUAUGUGACAACAUCAUCCAGGACAUCAUCUACAGCUUCCUGGUUCUGCCCAACUGCAUCAAGAUCCCUCUGGUGGGAGAGGCACAGCUGGCCCAGCUCCGCUUCCCCAUUCCCAAGGGCCUCCUGAGAAUCCACUUCAUCGAGGCCCAGGACUUGCUGGGUAAAGACAAGUUCCUUGGGGGGCUUAUCAAAGGGAAGUCGGACCCGUAUGGAGUCAUCCGGGUCGGGGUCCAACAGUUCCAGAGCAAAGUAAUCCACGAGACGGUCAACCCGAAGUGGAACGAAGUGUACGAGGCGCUGGUGUCCGAUCACUCGGGACAGAAUGUGGAGAUUGAGCUGUUUGAUGAAGACCCCGACAAAGACGACUUCCUGGGAAGUCUGAUGAUCGACCUGGCCGAGCUCCAGAAGGAACAGAAGGUCGAUGAGUGGUUUGUACUGGACGAUGUGGCCUCAGGGAAGCUGCACCUCAAACUGGAGUGGUUGUCUCUGCUGCCCACACCUGAGAAGCUGGACCAGGCCCUAAUGAGCAUCAAGGCUAAUCGCGGUCAAGCCAACGACGGCCUGUCGUCGGCGCUGCUCGUCGUCUUCCUGGAUUCAGCCAGAAACCUGCCGAGCGUCUUCGAGGGGAACUUGGGCACUGGCUACUUAAAAGAGAGGCGGGCGGCGGGCCUCGUGUUUUGCGAGAACACCGCCUCUCUCUAUAGGACCUUAUUUCGCAAUCCGUUAGAGUUCAACCAAUCGGGGCUGAAGAAGGCCUCGGUCAGUAAGGCCAUCAAGUCCGGUAAAAAAGUGACCAGUGAUCCCAGUCCGUUUGUCCAGUUCACAGUGGGACACAAGUCCUUUGACAGCAAGACCAGAUUUAAGACCAAUGAACCAGUGUGGGAGGAAGCCUUCACCUUCCUCAUUCACAACCCCAAAACCCAAGAGUUGGAGGUUGAGGUGAAGGACGCCAAACAUGAGUGUUCGUUGGGGACGGUGACGGUGCCUCUGAGCCGCCUGCUGGAGGCGGAGGACAUGACGCUGAACCAGCGCUUCCCCCUCAAGAACUCCGGACCGAGCUGCACCGUCAAGAUGAAGAUGGCUCUGCGGGUGUUGUGUCUGGAUAAGGACACUUCCUCUUCCUCAAACUCCACCCCGUCCUCGGUGCAGGUCCGCAAGUCCGACUCCAGCUCCACCCCGCGGGCCUCGGUCUCCUCAGACUCCCCAAAACCUCCCUCGUCCACCUCCGACACCCCCCGCUCUGCGUCUGUGUCGGCCCAGGACCCGCUGAACCGGCGGAGGGAGGCAGAGGAGCCUGUUAGGUCUCCCGGAAGCACAGACCUGGGGCAGGGAGGAGGAGGAGGCGGAGGAGGAGGGCAGAGCUUGGCGGAGACCGGGAGGAGCACCUCUAACCUGGCCAUCUCGGGCUCCCAGCAGUACCUGGCGGGAGGCAAGGAGCCGACGCCCAGCAUCGCAUCGGAUAUCUCCAACCCCUACGCCACGCAGGAGCUGCAGCAGAGGCUCCACCAGCUGCAAAACGGUUCAGGCCCCAGUCAUUUCCCGCUGGGCGAGGUCCAGCUGACGGUCAGACACAGCUCGCAGAGGAACAAACUCAUCGUGGUCGUUCACGGCUGCAGAAACCUGAUAGCGUUCACUGAUCAGGGGUCAGAUCCUUACGUCCGCCUCUACUUGCUUCCUGACAAACGGAGGUCGGGCAGGAGGAAAACUCACACUUUCAAGAAAACCCUCAACCCCGUUUAUGAUCAGACGUUUGAGUUCAGUGUUUCCCUCGUGGAGCUGCACAGACGGACUCUGGACGUCGCCGUGAAGAACGGUGGAGGCCUGCUCUCCAAACACAAAGGCCUUCUGGGAAAGGUCCUGGUUGAUUUGACUCAUGAGGACAUCACCAAGGGUUGGACACAAUGGUAUGAGCUGAGUGAAGAUGGCCUGACGAAGCCACACCAGCUAUAGAUGGCGACGAGAGGUCUCCAUCGCCAUCAUUACCGCCAUCAUCAUAUCGCCACACUUCCACGUUAUAUACACUUCCACUUAAUCUACAGUACGACAUGUGUUUUUCUCAUUUUCGUCCCUUGUAACUGUUAAAAAAAAAAAAAAAGGAAACAGAAAAGCAGCUUUUAACAUUCAUUUAAUCACAUCAGUCGCAAGGCAAACCUCCCCUUUAAGAAGUGAGUGAGUGUGAUCAACUAAAGGGAGUAUAUACAACACGUAGAAAACUAUAUAUGACAUUAUAUACUGCUAUGGAAUAUUCCAUAUUUAUAGAAGAAACUAUAACAGUCUUUUUUUCUUCUUUUUUUUUGCUGUUGCAGCGUUUCCCUGCCUCGAGUUUCCGUCACAAACGAUGAUGUACAAAUGUGUAAAUAAUGUACAAUGAUGCUGCACAAAACAGACAAGUUAUUCUAGAGAUAAGAGAGAAAGAGGGGGCGGGGUCUGUGGUCCCUGACUUGGCCAAAUGAUUGCUUGUAAUUUUAUCUUUUUUUUUUUUUUUUUAAAGAAAAAUAUUCUGACGGUCGGGUGCAGGGGAAGAUGUCACCAAAGAGAAGUUUUUUUUGGUAACACAAAUGUACUCUGGCUUUAAUCUACUUUAAUAAUAUGUUUGUUAUCCACGUGAUAAGAAUUGUAAGGACACAGAUUUUGUGUUAAAUAUGAUGAUAGUACCAAGUUUAUUUAGCUUGAUAUCACAGUCGUUUCCAUCUGUUAAUAUACCUGCUGUUACACUCAAAUAAGACCAUUGUUUGUUUUUAAUUGAAUAUUUGCACAAUAUUUUUGUUUUUCUGUUUUUUUUAUCUGGUUGGGGAUCAUCUGUACCCUUAGUUGCAAUUUAAGCAUUGCCUGAAUUCAUUUAGGAGAAAAAUGUCUGUUUUAUCAGAUAAUUUUAUCUUAAAUGAAAAAAGAAAAAUGUUUUUCUAAAUUAAAAAUUGAAAAAUGUAAGCGUCAAGUCUUGAAAUAAUAUAUCUAAGCUUUUUUAAAGGAAUAGUUUGAUAUUUUGGCUUUUAUUUUCUUACAGAGAGUUAGAUGAGAGGACACCACGUCGGUUAGUUUGGCUCUGUCUGAAGGUAACAAAAUCCACCUACCACCACCUUUUAAGUGAACUAAUUAAUACUCUAUAUCUUGUUUGCUUAAUUUGCAUAAAUUGGUGUAGAGUGUGAGAAGAAAUAGUUGCGGUCUUGUAGGUGCUGGACUAUUUCUUGGUAAGACAACACUCCCAGAAAUCCACCACGUACCCCGGGGAGACAUAGAAUUAAACAAAGAAGAUUUAAGGUGUAACUUAGUGAGCUUUAGAGCUGCUUGUAGGUUGUUUUGUUAACCUUGCUUUAGACAGAACCAGGCUAGCCACUUUACCCUUUUUCCGUUCAUCAUGCUAAGCUAACCUUCUUCUGGCAGAGAGAGUGUCAUCGAUAUUCUCAUCUGACUAUUGGUAACAAAAUGAAAAAGAGUUUUUCCCAAAAUGUUGAACUUUAAGUUAAUUCCUACAUAAAACUGAACUGUAUUUAAAUGAAAUGAUUAAAUUAUAUUAAAUUAUUACCAAUUUUUCUAUCACUUAUCUAAAGCCACCAUGUGUGGAAGUUUAAAAUCUUGACGCCCUCCAGUGGUAGUAUUAAGAAGAGACACUGAGGCUGCGUACUAUAAAUUCUCAAAUAGCAGCCUGACGUUCAUUUGGAUCAGGCCUAUUAGAGACAGGCUUCUAUUCCCAAUUUCCUGUUUCCCAGGUAACGAAAACUCAAAACUUCCUUCACGUUUAGUCCAUAAAACGUACUUUCCUGCAGAACUAAAUGAGUAUAAUGAAAUAGUCACGUCAGCGCACCACUCUGCUGCUCUGAGAUUCAGAAAUUUCCAGAAAAGAACACAUUGCCAACAUUUCCUGUCUGAUUUUCACAUUAAAAGUCUUCCAGCUUUCUUUUUAUUAGUAGAUUUAAUGUGAAAACUUUGCAGUGGAAAAACUGUUUGUGUUGAAAAAGAAACUGAGCAGCAGAGUGGUGAGUAUGACUCGACUAAGAGCUGUAGAAAUGCACGGUGUUUUACUGAAUUCACCAUGUGAGUCCUUGUUGUAAGCUUCAAGUAAUUCCACCUCCCUGAAUGUGUUUUUUUUUUUUUUUUUAAAUCGGGCCUUUAUUUGGACGACCUGUGUGUGUGUUUGUGGCUGGUUAAUCUUUGAGACCAGUAUUAACCACUUUUAUAUAAUGAUUGUCAGUUUGCACAAACACUGAGAUGAAUGAAAGCAGCACAAAAGACUGUGUCAGUUUUCACCAGAUUCCUACAAACAAAUUGAAUUAUUUGAAAGAUGCUUUAAUACAAUAUUUGAACUGAACAAACUUUCUUUUAUUUUGUCGGGGGUCGUCAUUCACAUUUUGUUCAACAUUAGUCUUAACUUGUCAUGAAGUGCGUUUUUCAACAGGUUGUUGUGUCUGUUGUCGUUACACACGAAUUAUGUGUAAUCUGAAGCAAGACCACAGACCAGUGCUGAAAAUAACAUUUACAUUUUUUUUUUUUUUUUUGCACUUUUUAUUAAACAUUGAUUUAACUUUACAGCACUCACUCAAAAGGGAUUUAUACCAGUAACAAAUACAGAUUACACAGUUCUUAGUAUCAAACACAAACUCAAAAUAAAUGCAUUUGUUAUCUGUGUGACCAUACGCAGCCGAUGAGCAGUGAUUUUGUGUUGAUACAGAGGUGGCCAGUGUGACCUUUGACCUUCAAAACACAAACUAUAGACCUUUGCCUUGUUGGACUUCACAUCAAGCAUCGAGGAAGUAUUUAACAUACAUUUAUGUGAACUGUGCCGUUCUGUCAUUUUAAUGUUUUGCUUGUUUGUUUUCCCGCUGUCACCCUCUUUGUCUCAGUAUGUGUUUUAUUUUGUAAGUAAUUAAAACAAUCUGUCUGUAAACCAUUGGAUUUGAAAGCUCUGCCUCUGGGGUGGAGUGUGUCCUCAGAAAGGCGGUUUGUCUUCUCCGUCUUCUUAAUUUAUCUUGUGCCUUAAGAUUCACACGGCCCAGAGAUAUUUACAUGUAGAAAAAGAGAACCAACAAAAUGCUACAACACUUUCCCAUGUUUCAGAAUGUCUCCUAAACAUCUUUUAAAUAUGAAUAAAGAGCUUUAGCUGGCUAUAGCCGCAUGAAGCUGUUCAGCA